AUGCCAAAUUGGCCACCACCAAAUCCUGAAAUACAACAUUUGUUGCACAAGCUUUCAAAUGGAUCUGUUGGUCAUCUCCUGGGUCCUCUUUGGCAAGCUUUUGACCCAAUUAAGACUGAUGAUAAAAAACCUAAAGCUUGCUCCGGGAUUCCAACUCGUAAUGAUAUUGUGACUAAAUUCGAUAAUGGGAUGACCGCUGUGCUUCAACAAAGCCUAUUUGACAAGCAAUCUAUACAUUUCAUGCCUACAGAUAUAAGUGAUGAAGCUGAAUAUAUAAAAGGAUCUGUUAAACGUUUCAUUUCUCGAAUAGAAUCUAAUCACGCUCAUGAGGAUGAAUUAGAACAGAAAUCAGCAGAGAGGUGGAUUAAGGAAUAUAUAAAAGAUUUAUGUAAUGCACUGAAAAAAGAUGAAGCCAUUAUCUCCCAUUUAUGGAAAGAUGCUAUUAUUCACGCAGAAGGAAUAUACUCUAGCAUUGGCAGAAGAGAUAGGAAUAUAGAUUAUACAACAAAUAAUGAUUACCUUAAUGCGUUAGACAAAAUUACAGACUCUACUCAAUCUAAAUUAUCAAUCUACUUUUAG